ACUCGGAGGCAGCAGGACCCAGCUGAGCCUUCUAGGCCUCAGUAGGCUGUGGCUGCUGGGAAGCCGCUCGCCAUGUCGACGGUGGCCGCCGCCAGCUGCGACAGCAAGGUCGCGGGGGAGGCGCGGGAAGAGAAGAAGCCGCUGAAGCCCUGCUGUGCCUGCCCCGAGACCAAGAAAGCGCGGGACGCCUGCAUCAUUGAGAAGGGGGAAGAAAAUUGUGGGCACCUGAUUGAAGCUCACAAAGAGUGCAUGAGAGCUCUGGGCUUCAAGAUAUGAAUGAGAUGAGUAGGACUGUGAAUGUGGUCAUGUCUGUGGUGUGACUGUUUUGGAAAGCUGGAAAAUGAGUUAUUUCUGCUAAUUACUUCAAAUAUAAGGAAAUAAUCUAUUUAUAAUAGAGUCUUUAAUGAUCAACUGUGCAUCACAUCUGUGGCUUUUCCACUGUCAAGUCUUGACUGCUGCUAUAGAAAAUAUUUUUUUUUCCCUCUUAAUAAAAA